AUGCGCAGCAGUUUAGAUUCGGCGUGCUCCGGCAUCUUAAUAAUCUCAGGGAUGCCCGUCAAGCGAGGACGGUCCGGAACCUCUUCGUCAUCACGUUCCGAGUCGCAUCGGAAUCGUCCGAUGGGAUUUCGUCACGGUAUCCCUCCUCAGAGUCAUAAUCAUCACAGGGGUCACACUCUACCCUCGCUUUCAUCCUUUCUUUCCGCCGCCUCUCGACGCUCGGCCUCUUCCCUCUUCCAUCUCGGCUCUCUCGACCACUCUUUCGGCCUCCGCCGCGGCUUCCGCUUCAGCAGCCUUCCUCCGGCGCGCCUCGGCCGUAUCAGCACGGAUGGCCUCGCCAAGGAGUCUGUCGGGGUUGCCGGAUGA